AGUCGGAGGUGUCCGCGGUGGCGCUGGGUGUGAUGCCGGAGCCUGUGCGCUCCCUGUGCCGCCUGUUGGAGCGCUCAGUCUGCGGGGAGGACCGUGAGGACCGUGAGGACCGUGAGGACCGUGAGGACCGUGAGGACCGUGAGGACCGUGAGGACCGUGAGGACCAGCGGACAGAGGCGGAGCGGUGAAGCCCCGGGCUCCAGAGGCAGCAUGCGGCUCCAGCUGAGCCUUUACCCCGGGCUCCUGCUCACGGUGUUCGGCUUGUGCCCCUCUAUGACGAUCGGGCCGAAGGAGGGCUGGCGGGUGUUCAACUCGGCUCAGGAUGCUGAUGGGAGGUGCAUCUGUACCGUGGUGGCCCCAGAGCAGGGCCUGUGCUCCAGAGACGCUAAGAGCCGACAGCUACGGCAGCUCCUGGAGAAGGUCCAGAACAUGUCUCAGUCCAUAGAGGUGUUGAACCUUCGCACACAGAGAGACUUCCAGUACGUGAUGAAGAUGGAGAAUCAGAUGAAAGGCCUGAGGACCAAGUUCAGACAGAUCGAAGAGAGGAAGUCCAUCAUGGAGCGGAACUUCCAGGAGAUGAAGGAGAAGAUGGACGAGCUGAAGCCGCUGAUCCCGGUGUUGGAGCAGUACAAAAUGGACGCCGCUCUCAUCUCUCAGUUUAAGGAGGAGAUCAGGAACCUGUCGCUGGUGCUGGCGGGGAUCCAGGAGGAGCUGGGAGCCUACGACUACGACGAGCUGUACCAGAGGGUCCUGCGGCUGGACAGCAGGCUCCGCUCCUGUAUGGGCAAACUCACUUGUGGCAAAUUAAUGAAAAUCACUGGACCUGUGACUGUAAAGACCUCGGGGACUCGGUUUGGAGCCUGGAUGACCGACCCCCUCGCAGCGACCAGGAACAACAGGAUCUGGUACAUGGACAGCUACACCAGCAGCAAGAUCGUGCGUGAAUUCAAAAACGUGGAGGACUUCGUGUCGGGGGUGGUGUCCAGGACCUACAGCCUCCCGUUCAAAUGGGAAGGAACCAACCACCUGGUGUACAACGGCUCGCUGUACUACAACAAGUACCAGAGCAACAUCAUCGUCAAGUACAGCUUCGACACGGGCAGCGUCCUGGCACAACGAGCUUUAGAAUUCGCCGGAUUUCACAACAUGUACCCGUACACGUGGGGCGGGUACUCCGACAUCGACGUCAUGGCGGACGAGCUGGGAAUGUGGGUGGUGUACGCGACCAAUCAGAACGCGGGGAACGUGGUGAUAUCUCAGAUCGACCCGGACACGCUGCAGGUGCUAAAGACGUGGAACACGGAGUACUCCAAGAGGAACGCCGGCGAGUCCUUCAUGAUCUGCGGGACGUUGUACAUCACUAAUUCUCACCUGUCUGGAGCUAAAGUUUACUACGCCUACUCCACCAAAACCUCCACGUACGAGUACAUAGACAUCCCCUUCCACAAUCAGUACUUUCACAUCUCCAUGCUCGAGUAUAACGCCAGAGAGCGGGCGCUGUACGCCUGGAAUAACGGGCACCAGGUCGUUUUCAACGUGACCCUUUUCCACGUCAUCACAACAGAAGACGACUCUUAGGCUGGAGAGGGACUUGACUUUGGGAGGACGGACUGAAGCGGGACUGAAGCAGGACUGAAGCGGCUCUCGUUCUGAAGGACCUCGACGCUGGAGCUGCCCCAAAAUGAACUCGUUGCUUUUACUUGAACUGUUUUUUUUUCUAAAUUGUGAAUUCAGAUGUGGCAGAAAAAAGCAUGAACCCAAAUGAGACUUUACAUCACCAAAGUAUCAGAUUAUUACGAUUAAACCUGAUGCACUUCCUCCUUUGGUUUGGUUUAAAGCUCCACAUUUACACUUAAUCUGAAAGACCUGGACCUGUGUUUCAUUCACACGUUUCACACAUAAACCUGCAGAUUUAGGCUGAGUUCUUCUCUCAGACUGAAAACACUCUGUUCCACCUUGUGAUGUCAUCAUGUGGUGAUACAGGAAGUGCUCCACUGUGUUUUUAAACUCCACACACCUUCAUUUAUAGAAUCAUUUGGAUCAUUUCAGUCCUGGAGUUGUCUCUUAUCUCGACUGAACUAAAGGUAAAAGGAGGAGUUAACAUGAAAACUACCACCUGAUGACAUCACAAGGUGGAACGUCGCAUUUUGAUCUUUGUAGAUGUUACAGACUAAUAAUAAAGUGACUCAAACAUGUGAAUGAAACAAAACACAACUCCAAGUCUGUUUUUGAGGAGGAAACAUUAAAACAUGAAAAUCACAAUCAACUCAAUAAAUUCUGAAGAAAAUCUGACUGAGACUUUGGUGAUUCUCACAAACCUGCUGUUUUUUCUGUUUCUCUUUUGUGUUUCACGUGAGCGGCCAUGUUUGUUUUUGACACUAAUGGACCCUGCUUCUCUCUGAUUGGUUAAUCCACCUGUCAAUCACGCCCUCUGUGGACGAUGAGACGCCACGCGGCUCCAGGGUCAGAGAGGGAGGGAGUGGACAGGUCACAAAACAAGAGCACUUUGGUCAGAGGAGGAGGUCAGAGGAGGAGGUCAGAGGAGGCGGUCAGAGGGGCCGAUGGCACAGAUUGUCAGUCGCGCUUCGAUCCUUCUACCCCAGGGCAGCUAUGGCUCCACCAGCAGCAUGUCGCCACUAGAGGCGCCAUUACAAAAGACACACUAUGUAACUUCCACCACCUGCUCGUCUCCAUAGAAACGUUAUUGCUUUGCCUGGAAUGUUCCACAGUAUGGCAUUAAACUGAUCUAUUUUUAAGUCACAGUUACAGGUCUGAUCUGUGUAAAGGACGCUCGCUCUCACUGUACGGAUGCGUGAUGUAAUGUAUUUUAGAGCAUGUGUUAAUUAUUAAUGCCACACUGUGGGAUAUUCCAGGGAACAUUUCCAUGGAGACAGACCAAACACCAGAAAAGUUACACAGUGGACCUUUAGUAGCUGUGGUCAUAAUGUUUUGGCUGGUCUCAUGUUUUUUGUGUUUACGUUGGUCUGAAGCUGAAGCUUUUGUGCAUGACGUCACGUUUGUUUCACGUUUGUUUCUCGUUUGUUUCUCGUUUGUUUCUCGUUUGUUUCUCGUUUGUUUCACGUUUGUUUCUCGUUUGUUUCUCGUUUGUUUCUCGUUUGUUUCUCGUUUGUUUCUUCAGACGCUGCUGUAACUGUGUUUUUGUCUGAACGACGUCAGUUUAAACUAUUUAAAUCUAUAGACGCUGUGGUUUAUUUAAAGGAGCCUGUAACUUACUGCUGUCCCUUUGUCCACGUGAACAAAAACAUUUGUAUUUUUUAUAAACGCGUCAUAUUUGUCUGUUUCAUGAUUAAAUAUUGUACAUUUCAUU